CACACACACACACACACACACACACACACACACACACACACAAUGUAGGGUUUGCAUUCCAGUUAUGUGUCGUGGUAGUUGUAUUUACAGAUUUUGAAGAUACAACCCAUAUCGCAGUGGAUGUAGGCUAUGUGCUAUCGUGACUUUAUACAGGCAAGGUCUCUGUCAAUCCACAUUCUCCUUCUCUCCUCUCACGGCACGCAAGACCCACGUGUCACGUUGCUCGCUUACAAGUAUGCAUCGAUGAUGUCAUCAUCUUUGUGACCAUUUCCUGUGAGCAGGUAGGGGUAUAUUCUGUGGGUUGGUUUCAUUUGGAUACCUCGGAUGUUCAGGAGUGUUCUUAAAGGUUGGACGACGUGGUUCGCAACAAGACGGUAAUUAGCGGUCUCCCACUUAGAGAGUCAUACAACGUAUCUGAUUACCAUGGCGCGCCAUGAUAUUCAGUCAUUUUGGUUACGGUACGUGUCACCGUUUAUGCUUCUGGUUGCCACAAUGGACAUGGCCUCUGCUGUUACGCAUUAUUCCAUUCCUGAGGAAAUGGAGGAACACGCAGUAGUUGCCAGUUUGGCUUCGGAUUUGGGGUUAGAUGUCAGAUCGCUUUACAAGAGGAAAAUGCGAAUAGAUGCUGUGGCCAACAAAAAGUAUAUCGAUAUCAACAAGGAUACGGGCGAGCUUUUCAUUUUAGAAAAGAUUGAUAGGGAAAUUCUGUGCCCAUUAAGAACAACUACAUCUUGUUAUCUUAAACUGGAUGCAGCGAUCGAAGACCCCAUACGUAUGUUUAACAUCGAGGUAGAAAUAUUGGAUAUUAACGACAAUGCACCUCAUUUUCGAAGGGAAACCAUGCAUUUGGAUAUAUCUGAAUCAAGCCCGAUGGGUGAACGGUUUUCUUUGAAUAACGCCGUAGACCCUGACGUGGGGGUGAAUUCCCUUAAGGAUUACCACUUGAGCUCGAGUGAACAUUUCGCGAUUGAAAUUCAAACUGGGAGAGAUGGGUCCAAGUUUGCGGACUUGAUUCUUAAAAAGACUUUGGAUCGGGAGGCCCAAGCCGUCCAUCGUCUGGUGCUGACCGCGGUGGACGGCGGCGUCCCUGCGCGCUCUGGAACGGCCAAUAUCGUUGUUCGUGUCCUGGACGUCAACGACAACGCCCCGUCAUUUGACAAGGAAAACUACAAAAUUGAGCUGAUGGAAAACUCACCGAUUGGAAGUUUAGUCAUCAAGAUGAACGCCACCGAUCGAGACGAAGGUUCCAACUCAGAAAUAAUGUACUCUUAUAGUCUGUAUACAUCAGAGAAAACGCAAAAUAUGUUCAGUUUGAAUCCAGAUUCAGGUGAAGUUCGAGUAAAGGAGAUGAUUAACUAUGAGGACUUCAAAAUAUAUGACAUGGAGAUAAUUGCCACCGACAAAAGUCCUAAUCCAUUGUCUGGACUGUGUAAAGUGACAAUAUUAGUAACAGAUAUGAAUGAUAAUCACCCAGAAAUCUCUAUAAAGUCUUUUCAGAGUCCAAUUAAAGAAAAUGCUCCAAUAGACACGGUAAUAGCAGUUAUAAGUGUAAGCGAUAAGGAUUCAGGUGAUAAUGGCUUUGUUGACCUAACGAUUCCUGCUUCUAUGCCAUUUAAACUUCGAGAAUCCUCUGAUAACUACUUUGAAUUGUUAAUAUCAGAACCUUUAGACCGUGAGAAGGUUCCAGAAUACGACAUCACAUUUACAGUAACAGACAGAGGUUCUCCUCCACUAUCUGAUAAUGAAACAAUGACCUUAGAGCUACUGGAUGUUAAUGAUAAUGUCCCCCAGUUCCCUCAGUCUUUCUAUACUAUUCGUGUGAUGGAGAAUAAUGCUCCUGGAGCCUUGCUAGAUUCUCUCACUGCGUACGACCCAGAUCUCCAUGAAAACCAGUAUCUAGUGUAUUUCAUCAUAGAGAGGGAGAUAGCCAACACCUCCAUGUCCAUGCUGUUCUCCAUCAGCCCAGAGAAUGGUAAACUCUAUGCUCUGAAGACGUUUGACCAUGAGAUUGAGAAGGAGUUUCUUUUCCACAUUGAGGCCAGAGACUCUGGUGUUCCUCCACUCAGCAGUAAUGUGACAGUCCACAUCAUUAUUGUGGACCAGAAUGACAACACUCCAGUCAUCGUGUCCCCGUGGCGCGCUCACGGCUCAGUGGUGGAGGAGAAGAUCCCCAGAUCCACCGACAAAGGCUCUCUGGUUUCCAAGGUGAUUGCUAUCGACGGAGACUCUGUGUUGAACUCAAGGAUUACCUACCAGUUUCUACAGGUGACGGACGCCACCUUGUUCAGUCUGGACCAGUACAACGGAGAGAUCCGGACCAUGAGAAUGUUCAGUUACAGAGACCCCCGUCUCCAACGGCUUGUUGUGGUUGCCAAGGACAACGGAGAGCCCGCUCUCUCUGCUACCGUUACCAUCAAGCUGUCCACAGUGGAGACCGCGGUCAAGGCCUACUCAGACAUGACCGAAGUGCCCCUAGAGUACGACAUCUUUUCAGACUUAAAUCUGUAUCUGGUCAUCGGCCUGGGCUCGGUGUCCUUCCUCUUGUUGAUCACCAUAUUGGUCACCAUCGUUCUCAAGUGUCAGAAACCCAAGUCCAGCAAAGCUGCUCCUCCCUGCAGGAACAGUGUGGUCAGUGAGAGGAACUCUUUUGCAGAUUCCACUCUGGUGUCCAACGAUGCCUACUGGUACAGCAUGUUUCUAGCGGAGACCAGGAAAGGGAAGCUGGUGGUUAGACAGCCAGCGCCAAAGGGCUCCAGGUACAUAGUGUCCAGUUUACCACGGAGCACUGGCCUCACAGAGACGAGCGGCUCAGCACCCUCCACGCUGCAGUAUCCUAAGUGAAGGACAUCGGCUCUGCAGCUGGAGGCGUCCACCACCAGCAGUAACAGUUCCACAUGAAGCCCCCCCGGUUAUGCCGAGCGGACCACCGGAGAGAGCGAGAGAGAGGAUGGAGGACCCUGCAGCCCUCAAACCUUAUCCCCCACCCUCCCCCAGAGGGUCUUGUAAAUACAUGACAGAAAUACUUGCGUGAUUGUCCAAUCCCAAGCUUGAUCGCUCCUAGCCGCCCUGCUUGUGUGACAUCGGUCUCCCUCCGUUUUCUAGCCCUCCAUCGUUGGCCUUCCUGAGCCCCCCCCCCCCCCCCCCCCCCCCUUAUAUGUUCUCUAUAAGCACAUGCUGAACCAAUCAACGUCAACAUGCAUGAUAACGAGCGCCAUGGCCAUAUAAGACUGCGUAAAACCCUGCCGGAAAUGGGACUUUACAGGACGCUGCAUCAAGCCAAAACGUGGACUCAUAGUGUAGGUCCGCAGAAGAUCCUACAGGAAACCUUUUUCCCAUCGUGUGUAUGACUCACUCCUGUAUUAUAGCACUUAUGCAAAAUGCUCAACAGUAAAUAGCAUAGGCAUCAACAAAAUUAUAUAUAUGUGUAAGUUAUUGGAAGGUAUAGUUAUUGGUGUUGUGUCGCUGUGAUCGAUUUGGGAUUGCUCUAUAUUUGAUGUUGUUUACGUGUGUAUAGGCUCUAAUGGUUUAGUGUUGAAGCUGUUUGCCUUUUUGAAAUACAUCAGCCAACAAAUAUGGAGGCGUUUUCUUUUUUUAUGAAUAAGUGAUGACAGUCAUGCCAUGCAUGUGGUUUUUAAGUGCUUUUGUAACUUUAUUUUGGGACCCGUUCCAUUUCAUACAAGUCUGGUGCUGUGUGAUAGUUAAGAUGCAGUGAGUUUUUGAAUUUGAUUGGAGCACAACAAGAAGAUAAUUUGGAAUACAAGAGACCCAAAGGACUUAACAGUAAAAGUAUUGUGGAAAGUUUAAUAGUAAAGGUAUUCUGGAAAGUUCAAUAGUUCUUAUGGAAUAGCCUACGACUGCAAGUGUUUACGUAUUAUGAUCCUAUUGACUCGACAUAAUAACAACGGUAAACAAAGGAAGCAAUGCCAUUAAUAUAUCUGACACUGCCAAAUUUACCUUUUUCUGUGUCUACUAUGAUGUUUAAAAUGAGCACAAUGGUGUUGAUUAGUUUCCAGUGGCAUUAUAAAUUAUUGUUGGGAUGAUGUAGAAACCAAAUAAAUUCUGAACAAUGGUACUAAAACAAAUAGGCAACUUACUGAACAGUACAGGAAGACAUCUUUGAUCAGUGUGUCAUUUCCUACUGGGUAUAUGCACUGUGUUAUGAAUUCAUGUAUCUAACUUCAAAAAUUACUCGUGUUUACGUUAUACCAAACAUUGAAAUUAUUGUGCAAUGAAAUGACUGGUAGCUGUAUUUACAACCUCAUGUUCUUAAAUCAGUUGGCUAACCCCCUGGAGUGAACCCCUAAGUGAUUUAUAUUAAAUUCAUUGCACAAUAAGACGCUGUAUUCUGUUUAACAACAGUAGAUAAGUGCUUUUGUACAUUGUCAUUUUUAAUGGUACAAUAUCUAGUACUUAUAGAGUGUGAUCUUAUUGUUUGCUAUGGUAAUCACAUUAUUAUAUACAGACAAUUAUUGAAACGGUGCAUUUUGUGUCAUAUAGGUACAAACAGGUUCAUGUCAAUCUUGUGCGAAAUACUCUGAAUUAUGCCAUUAAACCCAUGCUGAGAUCCUUGUGUAAA